AUGUUGUGGAAGCCCUUUGACAUUGUUUUAUUGAUUAUUUUAAUAGUAAAAUGUUGCUCAGGGGAUGAGUAUCAUAGUAAUCAACGAGAAAUAUUCCGAUCGCAACGCUAUCUGCGUAACGAGGAAGAAAGGAACAGUGAAUAUUGGAUAAAUCAGGCUCAGGAAAGUGUGAAGAAGCAUGCGGCCCGCGCUGAGGCACAUCCAGGACCCUCAGCGCGUAACAUAGUGUUAUUCUUGGGGGAUGGGAUGUCAGUGCCCACCCUCACAGCCGCGCGGACGCUUCUAGGACAGCGCAACGGGCGCACAGGAGAAGAAGCAGAGCUUUCUUUUGAAACCUUUCCUACGUUAGGUUUAGCUAAGACGUAUUGUGUGGAUGCGCAAAUUGCCGACUCGGCAUGUACAGCGACAUCGUAUCUGUGCGGAGUGAAGACAAACCGAGGUACGAUUGGCGUGACGGGUACGGUUGAACGUGGAGACUGUCCCACUUCAAUUAACCCUCACAAUCACGUGGAAUCUAUCGCUGCAUGGGCGUUGGCAGAAGGUCGCGAUGCCGGUAUUGUCACUAGUGCACGAGUUACGCACGCAUCACCAGCCGGUGCAUACGCGCGAGUCGCGCAACGUGAUUGGGAAAGCGAUGCGGAUGUACGCAAAGACGGUCAUGAUCCUACUGCAUGUCCAGACAUAGCGUACCAGCUCGUGCAUCAGCAUCCAGGAAUCGAUUUUAAGGUAAUUCUCGGUGGUGGAAGACGGGAAUUUCUGCCUAAUAAUACAGUAGACGAAGAAGGAACUUUUGGUAAACGGCUAGAUGGUCGAAACCUUAUUGAUGAAUGGCAAAUGGAUAAAAUAGCAAAAAACGUAUCAAACGCGUUUAUAUGGAACAGACGACAGCUGCUCAAUAUAAACGACCAGUUGCCAGAGUACCUUCUGGGUCUGUUUGAGGGUAGCCAUCUACAGUAUAAUAUGGAAAGAAACGCUGACACUGAGCCGACGCUCGCCGAGCUCACUGAGACCGCUAUUAGAUCGCUCAGCAGAAACAAAAAUGGUUUCUUCUUGUUCGUUGAGGGUGGACGAAUCGAUCAUGCUCACCACGACAACCAAGCGACUCUAGCGCUAGACGAAACGAUAGAGCUCAGUGCGGCGGUAGCGCGAGCUGCCGAGCUGCUAGAUGAGACUGACUCACUGCUAGUGGUGACAUCAGACCAUGCGCACGUUAUGGCCUUCAACGGGUACACGCACCGCGGUGGAGAUGUGCUGGGGCCCUCAGAUUCGCUCGGGGACGAUGGACUCCCCUAUAUGACACUGUCUUAUACAAACGGACCCGGCUACCGCGCGGCAGAUGCUGUGGGAAGAGUAGACGUAACUAAGGACAAAGAUUUUGGUUCAAUGCAGUGGUUGUACCCCGCCAGUGUCCCGCUAUCGUCGGAGACACACGGUGGUGACGAUGUUGCAGUAUUUGCGAGAGGGCCACAUCACGCUAUGUUCUCAGGCCUGUACGAGCAGAAUGUUAUACCCCACCUAAUGGCCUAUGCGGCUUGCAUCGGCCCCGGGAAACACGUCUGCGACGAUUCCUAA